AACAUGCAGGUAGUUUCUGUGAAACCAGCACCUGUGCACUGUGAACUACGCACCUACGACUGAAACUGGUGCACUUUGGCUCACCUGCGAGGUGUUUAAUACAUGAUGUUUUAAGUUGUAAACUAGCAGCUCCGUUCCCUCGGGUGUUAUUUGGAGCACAAUUAGUUUGUGAUGAGAUUUGACAUGAGAUUUUUAUUACAACUGAACAACAGCUCUUUUUAAAAGCUUUUUUUUUUUUUUUUAAUUUCACUCAAAAUAAAUCAUUUAACCCUUUAAAGCAGGGAGGUGAAGCUCAUUUAGUUCAGGGGCCACAUUCAGUUUGUACUCAAGUUUGAACUCAGACCAGUAAAAUAACAGCUUAAUAACCUGUAAAUAAAUAAAACUUCACCUAUUUCCAGGGGUUUUAGUGCAAUAAUUACAACAUAUAAUGAACUAAAACCAAUUAUGAACCUUAAAUUUCUCAAGAAAAACAAGUGUAGUUUUAACAAUAUUUUGCCUUAUUUGAUCAUUUACACAUUCAUUACAGCUUCCAGGUCACAAUACUUCAACAAGAUCACCAAACCCACUAUUUCACAUCAUGAUCAGAGCAAUGCUUUAAGAUCUACAAGUUAUUCUAGAUGUACAUACAUGUACAUUUCCACAUGUAGCAGUAAUCCCGCCACCUGAACUGACUCACCUCAUAAUAAAACAACUAUAAAGUGUGAAAGAUAGAACAAAGUUAUUCUUCUGCCUUGGAAAUUGACAAAUUAGGAAAUAUAGCUACUUUUAUUAAAUAACUGCAGUUAACAUCUUCAGUUAAUGUGUGUUUUUCACUUUCACAUUUUUACCAAAUUCAUCCACUGGAGCCUUUCUGGUCCAUCUGGGAAAUUUAAAAAGCCAAACUUGAACCUGCCUGACAUGACGUUUUCUGGCCCAAAGUUAGUUGGCCCAAACCUGGAACUAGGAACACCUGAUCUAGAUUUAUCUGGUCCCAAUCUCAGUGGUGGGAUAAACACACCAAGCAUAAAUAUGCCCAAGUUUGACCUUAAAACUCCCAAACUGGACCUCAAUGCCCCAGAUGUUGGCUUAGACAUGCCAUCAGGCAAAGUGAAAAUGCCAGAACUUCAUGCUCCAGACUGGGAUCUUAAAGCUCCCUCAGGUAAAUUAAAGAUGCCUAAAUUUAACCUUUCAGGCACAUUGCCGAAAGGACCAAAUCUGGACCUAAAUGCAGACAUGGAGUCCCCAAAUUUGAGUCUGAAAGCUCCAAAGAUAAAGGGAGGAAUGGAUGCUCCUGAUCUGAACAUGCCAAACAUGAAACUUAAAGAUCCAAAGUUAGAUGUGAGCCCUCCAGACCUCAACAUUGGUUCACCAAAAACAAAAAACAAAGAUGAAGUUUGCCAAACUGAAGUUGCCCAAAUUUAACCUCCCAAAUAUUAAGGGACCUGAACUUGAUGGCAGCCUAGAUGGCCCAGAUAUAGCUGUAAAUGCACCUGAUGUCAACUUCAAGGGUCCUAAGACUGAUGUAGAUCUUUCUGGUCCAUCUGGGAAAUUUAAAAAGCCAAACUUAGUAAGUGGUAAAAAAACCAUAGUAAGUGGUUCUGCUAAGUGGUUGCUAGCGAGGAUUGAGGACAGCAGGCAGACAGAAACGUUUUAAGCUGUAACUGAAAUGAAUUUUGGGGGAUUAAAAAAAUAUGUAGGAAAAAAGAAAGCAAAAAAACCCAGCGAGCUUUGAUCCACUUUGAUCCACUAGUGGUGCCAACUGGAGGCAAGUGGGGGGAAGUGUCUUGCCCAAAGACACAAAGGCAGCUGACUGGGGGAGCGGGGAGAUAUAUUCAAUUUUGUGUUUUAUUUGGAAAAGUUUGAGAAAUUUGAAAAAUGGAUAAAAUAAAAUAAAAAAAUGAGUCAAUUAUGCUUGUGAAAUGUUAAGCAGUAUUUUGUAUUACACAAUGAAAUUUCAUAGAUAUAUCCAAUAUCCAAUUUUGUGGCCUACUGACUGGUUCGCCUGCUCUACCGACGGCGGGAGCUGGUAUCGAACCCGGGCGAUCACCGGCACACAGGUAUCCACCGAGCUUUUCCAGGCUCAGGGUAUGACUGGUGUAGCCCGAUGGAACUACCAGCGGUUGGUAGACCUCAAGCAGCCAUCCCUGGUCCUGCCGGCCGUGUUUGAUCCAGCUCUCAUUGCUGAGAUAAACUCUGCUUCCAGACGAGUGACUGGACAGGCAAAAUACCCUGCGCUUCGCCUCUCAGACAGGGACAUGGGCGAGAAGUUUGGCCUAGAUUACCAUGAGCCAGGCUGCCGUCCAGUCCCUCUGGAUUGGGACAAGCACCGGACUCGGAAGAGAGAUGAGGGAGCAGUACUUCCUGUCCGUGUGCCAUUCACAGGUCCAGAUCCUGCUCCAACCCGUCCAGCUCCAACCCAUCCUGCUCCUGCUCCAACCCGUCCUGCUCCAUUAACUAGUCACGGCUCCCUCUUCCAGCUGGGCUCCACCCUCUCAAAUGUUGUCUCCUCGUGUCGCCGUCCAAAAACAAGAGGACACAUCAGAAUCACCUCAGAAGCUUCCAGCUGCGAUGGAAAUUUCACCUCCCCUGCACCUUCCACCACAGUCAUCGCCAAGGAGUGCUCGCACUGGGCCCAUCAAAACAGCUGGACGUGUUUUUGUGCUGGACCACACCCGCUGGACACCACCCAUGGUUGCAGCCGUUGAUCGGUUAUUGCAGAAGCAUUGCGGGAAGAAGGACAUGCUGAAGCUGGUUGAUCAUGAAUAUGCAGAACUGGUCCAUUUGUCUGCAUCUGAUCCAAAUAGCGUGUUACACCCCACCACCAAGAUGCACAUAUCGCGAUAUGUCAGCAACCGUGCGAAGAUGCUCAAUGCCAAAUCGUCACUAAACAUCAGUCUAGAGAAACUCCAGCAGACACAGCAGUUGUGGCAUUCCCUGACAGCAGGAAGUGACACAACCAGCGUUCCUGUAGUCACCAUGGAGCCAGCUCUGUUUAAUCCACCCACCCCUUUGACAGAGGAGUCCGUAGAGAGGAUUGUGGAGGGCAUCUUGGUGAGGCAGCAGCAGUAUCGUCAGUAUCGGCAAACUAAGACCUGUCUCGCCUGUGGACAGCCCAAGUCUCGCUAUGAGACAGAUAGGUCAUCCAUCCACUUUUUUUAUCAACAAGGGCCAGUCCGUUAUUUCUACUGUUCCCAAAACGUCCAUCAGCUGUUUGCUGCUGAGGGCCUUUCAGUCUCCAAGAUGCCCUUUGAAAAGUUUGCCCAGACCGAGUUCUUUCAGAGGGAGCUGGAAGCCACAAAGCAGCGGGGGGAGGAGCGGUUAGAGAAGAAGAGGAAGAGGCCCGAGACAAGCCAACGGCCCGGCCGACUUUGCAGGUUCUGCCACAAUGAGCUGAAGCAAGGACCAAACAGCCCACACAUCCACACGGGCUUUCCUGGUGUGGCGGGGAAAUAUAUAUACUGCCCCUCCAAGGUGCAUGCCUUGUAUCGUGGCCAGGGCAUAGAAAAAGAAAUGACCUGGAAAGAAUUCCAGAAGUCUCCAUUUUAUGACCUCGAAAAAAAAAGAGAUGGGUGGAAGAAAGAAAAUAAUCAGAUUGUAUAUAUUUUAUAUAGUUAAGGGUUUUUUCUGUUCAUGUAAAAGAUUUUGCGUAGUAUUAAGUUAUUGUAGAGUUAUUGAAGGUAAUCGAGUUAUUUCGUCUUGAACAUGUUUAUAUUUACAUACAUGUUCAAUUAUAUAGAGUGCUCUACAUAAGUUUUAAGUUUUCUUUUGCUUACAACCAUUUGCUUCAUUCAUUAUCUAAUAUUUUUAUUGUAAAUAUCUGGAAAUGUGUUUAUUUUUACAGCAAAAUUGUGCUUAUACACUUGUUUUAUUUUUUUUAUUAAUAUGAAUACAUGUUGAUAUUGAUUUAUCCUCUUUACACCCUUUCUCAAUCAUUCAGUCAUUGACAACCUUUCCCUCAUUCACAAAUAAACAAAUAAAUAUACAAAUAAACUGCCUUGCCUUGUCUAACAAAUAUUCCUUUUCCUAAUGUAUUCAAAUAGACCUUGGGGUUACUGAGAUACAAUCAUUUCAUUAUGGGUACUCAAUAUUUAAGCAGAAGGCCUGGACUUAAUGAGUGACAAACUACUACCAGCAAAAUAUUACAAUAUUUUUGUUACAUCUUAAGUCUUAUUGAU